AUGGAGAGCAAUUACGAACUUCAUCAAUUGAAGAGCCCACCUGACGAAAAUGCAGCCGCUGCUGAACGGAGUCAUGACGAUUCUACCGAAAAUCACCUUGGCCGUGGCAAGCUAGCGUUGUUAAUCAUCGGACUUGGGUUGUCUGUAUCCUGUGUUUCCUUGGACAAUACUAUCCUGUCAACCGCUAUUCCCAAAAUCUCAGAACACUUCAAAACGAUAGAAGAUGUUGGUUGGUAUGGCAGCUCCUAUUUUCUGGCAAUUUGCUCCGUGAAUCUCCUAUUUGGAAGAUUAUAUACCUUUUUUUCAACCAAACUGGUAUUCCUGGCAGCUCUUAGCCUAUUUGAAGUGGGGUCUCUGGUGUGUGGCGUAACCCCAACCUCGAAAGGGCUGAUCAUUGGUCGUGUCGUGGCUGGAUUAGGCUGUGGAGGAAUUAUGCCGGGCGCGAUUUUGAUGAUCAGUCAAAACGCACCGUUGCAUCGUCGAGCUUUGUUAAAUGCCGUGAUAAUGGGUAUGGCUAGCGUUGCAGGAACGCUUGGCCCCUUAGUCGGUGGAGCAUUGACAGAGCAUGCCAGCUGGCGCUGGUGCUUUUACAUUAAUCUCCCUCUAGGUGGCAUGACAGUCCUGGCUGUCGUCUUUUGCUAUCGCGAUCCGCCAAUAUCCCGGAACCAGGAGACCCCUAUCAAAGAGAAAGUACACAGCCUCGACCUGAUGGGAGUGGCCCUCUUUAUUUCUGCCAUUUGCUGUCUUGUCUUGGCAAUUCAGUGGGCUGGUUCCAAAUACACGUGGCAGAGUGCACGCAUAAUUACAUUGUUCGUUCUCAGUGUUGUUCUUCUUUCCAUCUGGAUAUAUGUUCAAUACAGCAAGAAAGAAAAGGCCACGAUACCACCUCGCCUGAUCGCUCAGCGUAACGUCUGGGCUGCAACUGCCUAUGCUGCCCUCCUCUCUGGUGCAAUCUAUGGGAUCGCUUAUUAUUUUCCAAUUUGGCUCCAAUUUGUGAAAGGUGCCUCACCAACCAAGUCUGGUAUCAUGAACUUGCCGAUGAUUAUCGCAAUCACAGUGUUAAGUUUGGUCGCCGGGGUCCUUGUCAGUGGGAUAGGGUACUAUACUCCAGUGAUGGCAGUUGGCAGCAUUUUGCUCACCAAUGGUUGUGGCAUGUGCGCCACCCUGCAACCGACAUCUGAUCAUUCUAAGUGGAUUGGCUACCAGGUCUUAGUCGGCAUGGGCGCUGGACUUGGCUAUAAUCUACCCUUGAUUGCAGUCCAAACCGCUCUGACUAGUGAGGACAUAGCGACCGCGACAGCAAUUAUAAUUUUUGGGCAAAAUCUCAGCUCGACAUUGUUCAUUGCUGCGGCGCAAAAUGUUUUCCAGAGCGUCCUUAGUUUGAGGAUGAAAUCCUUAGGUUCUUCAAUCGACCCGCAGAAGGUAGUUGCAAUGGGAGCCGCAGGUCUGUCGAAGGACAUUCCAAGCGAUGUUCUCCCCUCGCUGAAGCUCUUGGUCAACGAUGCGGUAAGCAUGACAUUUUACGUCUUCCUUUUUGGAGCUGGGCUGUCUUUAUUUUGUGUGCCAUUCAUGCAGUUUCUGUCUGUCAAAAGGCACCAGAAAAAUAUAGCUAUGUUGUCUCAUUAA